UCGCCUUAUCCACUUCAACAACUUUGCUAAUAUCCUUUAUGGAACCGACCCGAAUGAAAAAUAUGUACGCCGCAACAUCUGCAUUUGAAUCGGUUAAUGGGAUGGCUGGCGUCACACCACAAACCCCUGCUACAGCCUACGGCGUCCAGAAUGCAAGCGCGAUAUAUCUCCAUAUUCACGAAACCUCAGCCAAGAGAAUACAGACCCUUGAUUAUCUACGAAAGGCCCAUGAAGGGCGAGUUUAUUGGUUUAACACUAUCCAUUUUACCCGGGCUGAUGUUUCCCGACUCCCAUAUUUUGAGAAGCGAAAGCUUGCCCGUCGAGCGAUCAAUUAUCUGCUGCUAGGGUUGUCCGUACCUCCAAUCCUAGAUGUCAGCUCGAACCCGUUCGAAUAUCUCCGAUCAUUUAACGCGCUCCUUAUUGAAUUCGAGGCAUUCCAGCAAAUUCACCCGGCCGAUGGCGGUUCUGCAUCGACUCUCGCGCGGGCGCGAAUUCCACAAAUGUUCAAGCGAUCAACUCACACUGGCACCAAAGCUCGGCGAGCAAGCUCAGCGACCGAAAUAGGACUGCCCAUGCAAUCAAGCGAUCAGUCAGAGCUCAAAGCAAUGACGGGGAAUAUCGCGUCUGCCACAAAUGCUGCCUCCGCAGUGGCCACCUUUCCAUCCAUUUCCGAAUCUUCAGAUCUACUUCCGGGGGAAGAAUAUACUUAUCUCUUGACCCCCACACUACCCUUCGACCCGGACUUUUUCGAGACAUAUGCGACAUUAUGCGACGUCCUCAUUGACUGCUAUAGUAGAUUGAUGAGUUUAGUGUCGAGCCCUUCGCUUUGCACCGGUGCAUUGGGAGAAAUGUUUGCGAAGGCAGAUUCACGGUUACGGAAAGUGAUAAUGUCAAGUGUUGUGCGUGAAUUCGAAGAUGCAAGCCGUAGUAGUGUCAAGGGUGAAGUUGCAGGAGUUAGUCGAGUGGUCCUAGGGGGACUCUUAGGCUAGAUUAGCAGACGGGUGCAAGCCCAAUUUUGGAGAAUAUGCCUAGU